AUGAACACAUUAUCGAUUCGCGCCUUCAUACCGCCGUUGACGCGACGGGGGUUGCCCCUCCGCGCAGUCCGCUGCUAUGCUGUCCAAGCACCGGGAGCUCCAACUAUGGAGAUCUUUAGCAACCAGCACAAGUGGAUGCAGAAGGAGAGAGCUGCUGCGAACGUCGAGGCUAGCCGCAGCGUCGAUUAUCUAAGGGAUGAGGUAGCUUCACGUCUAUGCGAGCGCGUGCUGGACAUCAACCGCCACUUCCCUCACGUUCUUGACCUGGGUGCGAAUGCAUGCAAUGUGGCGCACGCAUUCACACAGCCAUCUCCGGAAGAGCCCGAGAAAGGCCCACGGUCAAAGCGUGUGGGAAAGAUCACAGCUGCAGAAUCAUCUGCUACGCUCCUACACCGAGACGCCGAUUUGCCGUUCAACAACGAGAUCGAGAUCAUAAGGGAGGUCCUGCCGACCUCUGAGCUACUGCCGUACCAAGCGAACACGUUUGACGCUGUCUUCAGCAGUUUAAGCUUGCACUGGGUCAAUGACUUGCCAUCCGUGCUCGCGCAAGUGAACAAUAUUCUUAAGCCAGACAGCCCAUUCAUCUCAGUCAUGAUGGGAGGCGACAGUCUGUACGAGCUUCGUACAUCUCUGCAAGUGGCAGAGCAGGAUCGGCGAGGUGGCGUUUCGACUCACACCUCGCCCCUGGCAGACGUGAAAGACGUCGGCGGCCUGCUGCAGAAAGCAGGCUUCAACCUCCUCACAGUCGAUGUGGACGACAUUAUUGUCGACUAUCCGGACACGUUCUCAUUGAUGAAGGAUUUGCAGGCAAUGGGCGAGUCCAAUGCCGUUCUCGCUCGAGAGCAGGGCGGCAUUCAACGAGAUGUACUCCUGGCUGCAGACUCAAUAUACAGAGCCCUGCACGGCAACGAAGACGGCACGCUUCCGGCCACGUUCCGUUUGAUCUACAUGAUCGGCUGGAAGCAUAGCCCCGAACAGGCCCAACCUCUUGAAAGGGGUACGGGCAUGUUCAGCAUCAAGGAUUAUCUAGAAAAAAAUGGAGAGGGCGAGGGCAAGAAAUAG